CAAGAAAAGAAGAGGCAAAGCAACAGAGAAGGAUGGGGGGCAAAAAAAAAAAAAAGAGAAAAAGAAAAAAAGAAGAGGAGAGAAUAACCUUACACAUUCAUUAAUUAGCACUCUCCCCCUUCUUCUUCUUCUUCUUCUUCUUCUUCCCACUUUACUCUCUUUCCCUAGCUUAGCUAACCCCAUCUCUCUCGCCUUUCGUUUCAAGCUUUGCUCAUUCAUGGAAUUACUCCUCACUCCCCUCCACUUAUUAAGUACACCAUCUCAAAUUCUUAUGAGAUCUUGAUGAUCAAUUCCCAUACACAAGAUACAUAUUAUUAUAUAUGAUCAAAUAUGGGCUCUCAAGGAAAUCCACAAGCUUGGAUCCCAUACAUGACAAGCAAGGACUGCACUCAAGGAAUAUGCAGCCUGUACUGCCCUCAGUGGUGCUACUUGGUCUUCCCUCCUCCACCUCCUCUCCAAUACCUUGGAGAUGGAGAUGACACCUCUUCCUCAGGCCCCAAUUUCUCCCCUCUCAUAAUUGCCAUCAUUGGUGUCCUGGCCAGUGCGUUCCUCCUCGUCACCUACUACACCGUCAUCUCCAAGUUCUGCGGAAGCAAUGGAUCGUCCGUGACGGACACUGCCCGGGACGCGAACUCGGUCCCUGAUGGCGAUCCCAGCUCGGGUCCAGCCCAUGAGCCGUGGUACAUCUCGAGUACCGGCGGUGGCCUGGACGAGGCCCUCAUAAGGUCGAUCGCGGUGUGCAAGUACAAGAGGGGCGCCGGGAUGGUCGAGGGCACGUGCUCGGUCUGUCUCAGCGAGUUCCAGGAGGACGAGAGCGUCCGGCUCCUGCCCAAGUGCACGCACGCGUUUCACGUACCCUGCAUCGACACGUGGCUCAAGUCCCACUCCAACUGUCCGCUCUGCCGGUCCGAGGUGGCCUUCACCGGUUCUUUCCCCGUUGCAAUGCCCCUGCCUCCUGUAGUAAUUCAACUGCCCUGGAAUGAAAACCAGCAAGUCGUCGAGGACCAGCCGACUGAUCCUGGAAGGACCAGCACUCAUAGUGCAUCUAGUGAUGUCACGGAUCAAGAAGAAGCUACGGAGAUAGGAGAUCAUGCCGCAAAGUCUCAAUCACUGAGGAUUAGCAGUGGGAUUGGCAAUAAUAUUGAGACGCCGACGCCGACCGACUCCGUAGUAAUUGAAGUUGGCAGUGAUGAUAGUGAAGGGCUGCAGCCGAUUAGGAGAUCUUUUUCGAUGGGGCAUUCGUGCCUAACGGUUGCUGAUAUAUUGACGGUGGAUCAGGAUGAGGAAGAUCAUCAGGUUCAGGAGUCGUCCACUAGCUGCUCUACUGUGAAUCAUUAUGCGGCCGGGUCAGCUAAUGAGUCUUCGUUGGAGAUGUGCAAGACUGAGCACAAGAGAGGCUUCCUCCACUGUGCGAUUGAUCGGCCCGUGCCCAUGAAGAGGUCGCUCUCGAGCGGUCGGCUCUCGCUCUCCCGGCAUGGAACCAGAAGAACAAAGGGAGCCAGAAUUCCUGUCUGAAAGUUAAUUAAAUCUCUCUUCGAUCAAAUUCUUCAAUCAACUUCAGACGAUGGGCCUCAUUGUAUUAUAUAUAUAUAUAUAUAUAUAUGUUGAACUUCUUGGCCGCAUUGUGCGUCUCCUAGAAGGUUAAGCAUGUGCCUAGACUAGUACUUAACUUGCAUAUCGGGAAUUUAAAAUAUUGAACUGCGCUGAAAUUUUUUUUUUUUUUAAUCCAAUGGCUCUCGAGAUUUGAUAUAUUUAUCAUGCAUUUCACUUUCAUCUGCAAUACAAAUUCACAUGUUGGACA